CAGAAAGAACAUUAUAAGUGCCGACGCUGCUUAUACGUUGCUCUACACAAGCCCAUCCACACACCGACAAGGUAAAACACUGUGGGAAAAACACCUUUCAUACAAGACAGAAGACGCUCUCAACAGGCAACCGCUGUUAGUUGUCAUGGCCCAAAGGAUGGAUCAUAUUGAGCCGAAACCCGGUGACCUAAUUGAGAUUUAUCGUGGGACAUUCUAUCACUGGGCCAUAUACGUUGGAGAUGGUUAUGUCAUCCACCUCACCACACCAGAUGGAAUAUCUUCCUCUCACCCAAGCUUGGCAGGUUCCAGCAGCACAAUGUCUUUCUUGAAUGAAAUGGGCAUUGUAAAGAAGGAAAUCCUGUUCUAUGUGGUGGGAACUGAUACGUUCUGUGUCAAGAACCAUCUGGAUAAUAUGCAUAAGCCCAGAAGUGUCAGCACCAUACUGAGUGAUGCUGAGAGUCGAGUGGGUCAGGUGCUGCCGUACAGUCUCAUUCACCGCAACUGUGAGCAUUUUGUGACAGAGCUGAGGUACGGCAAGCCGGAGUCCCGACAGGUACUGCAGGCGGCUGGAGUAAUGGGAGUUGCCGCAGUCGGUGUGGGUGCAGUUGCUUUUAUAAUUGAAACUGUGAUCAGUCUACUGAGGAAUUCCUAGUGAGAUGAAGCCCGACAGUGAAGGUGGAGGGUCAGCUUAAGCACCGACCUGCACAAACAAAGUGUGCCCCCACCCAGCCUGAAUGACAUCAUGCUUCCUUACUGCUAACUGCUGAAGUAUUUACUGGGAAAUUUGUAAAUGUGGGUCACUCUCAAAACCUUCUCAGAUGACCUUCAUAUUCAUUUUGAUAUUCAUAUUACUUGUAAUGUAAGAAGAGAUCUGCAUUCUGAUCAUUUGGUAUAAUAAUGACAAUGAUUUUGAGUGGAAAUUAAAACCCUGAUAAUUGACUUUGUGUGGCCUGACUAAUGUUUUGUAUCCUCUGGGUGUUUUAUUGCUUAAAUCAGUCAAAUAAAGUAACUGCAGUAACUGGU